AUGGCCAGUGACGUACCCCGUGCCUCGGGCGGCUCCAAGAUUCUCGCGUUCCUCGACAUCAUCGUCAAGCUGGCGGCCACUGGAGCGCUUAUCGGCAUCCUCGUCAUGCUUCUUAAAAUCAACGACAACCUCAUCAAGGUGGUCGACGGCGAUGAUACGAUAAAUGUUGGCUUGCGCUACAGCGGGUCGACUCCUCUGCCCAUCAACGCCGUUUUCGAGAACGGCUUCUCGCCACUCAGGGUCGACAUCGAAAGCAACCUUGGUGACGGACCGGGCAGGCCAGUUUGGAUCCGAAAUGCCGUUCAGUAA